CUGGGCCGGCAGUAACUCGGGGUUCCCGGGAGUCAGGGGCUCGGGCUGCUCCUGCACCUUGGAGCUGCUGCUUGUGCUGGGACCUCGUCAUCAUGGGGUGGGUGCCCGCCGGGCCCCGCGGCGGCCGUGUACCCCUUUGGUGGCCCUGGCAGCGGUGCUGGUGACAGUCGUGUCCUCGCCCUGCAGGAUGGGAAAGGAGCCAUGGACCGGCAGCGGGGACACGGAGCGUGGCUCCUGCAGGACUGGGGGUCACAGCGCGCCUGGGGAUGGCCUCCUGCAGAGGACCCAGGGGGGGCCCGGCGCUCCCUGUCCUUCCUGACUGAGGAUGCCACCGACGGCAGCAUAUGCGCUGCGCUCCCCGAGGCUGGGUCCCUGCUGCAGGAGCCAGGGGACUGCAGUGGUUUGAGGGGACCUCUCCCAUUCGUCUCCAUCCCCUCCCUUGCCCCAUGGCCCCAGGGGGACCCCGGGGGCUCAGCUGUGCUCCCGCAUCCCCUCGCCUCCAGCACGCUGCUCUCAGAUGGGGAUGAGCUCAGGGAGGGACCCUGGAAGAGGACCAUGGUGGGAGGUUCAGGGGGUACCCCCGAGCUUCUCCCACAGCUUUGCACUCGGGUUGUCCCCAGUCCCUGUCCUCCGCAGGUGCUUGGUCCUGGUGGGUCCCUGUGCCAGCCCCAGCGCUGCAGCAGGGUCUUGGGGAAACACGGGGCACUCCCUGAGGCUCCCGGGCACGGUGGCAGCCCUGGGGACAGCAGCAGUGACAGCGAGUGCUUCGUUAGUGCCCUGGAGAGCCUAGGGGCUCAGUGCUGCUGCUCCACGGGGCUGGAGCUGGGUGAAGCCCCUUCCCCAAACGGAGCUGGCACCAUGGAGCUGCAACCCCCCCCCAUCUCCCCAGCCCCAGAGCAGGUGGAGGGUGGAGGUUUCAGGGGAGCCUCGAGGGCAGCCCCUUGCAGUGAGGAUGCUUCGGACACGGGUGAUGUAGGGGAGCUCCUCACCCAGCUCCAGGGGUGCAGCCUCCAGGGAUCCCCCCCCUCCACCCCAGGGCCUCUUCCCAGGCUCCUCACUGGGGAUGUCACCCCGCGGGAGCCCCCCAUGUACCACCAUGUCACUCCCAGGACCCGGAGCCGCCUCCUGGCCUCUGCAGAGCGCUUCGGUGCUUCCUCUUCCUCCUCCGUUUUUGCUGACACACUGGAGAUGCCACGGAGGCCCCCCAGGGUCAGAGCACCCCGGGGUGUCCCCAGAGAUCCUGCUACCACCUCAGGGCGCUGUGUCACCCCACAGGGCACGGAUGUGUGCAGUGGGGAUGGAGAGGAGACAGGCUCUUUGGGUGACACUGUGCUCCUUCCCGGAGCCCCCAGCACCUCCCCUGGCUCCAGCCCCACAGUGCUGCUGGUCCCUGGGGAUCACAGGCACCCCCAGUGCCCUCCAUCAGAUGCUCAGGGCUCCUCUGGAUCCAGCCCCACGGUGCUGCUGGUCCCUGGGGAUCACAGGCACCCCCAGUGCCCUCCAUCAGAUGCUCAGGGCUCCCCUGGCUCCAGCCCCACGGUGCUGCUGGUCCCUGGGAACUGUGGGCACCCCCAGUGCCCUCCAUCAGAUGCUCAGGGCUCCUCUGGAUCCAGCCCCACAGUGCUGCUGGUCCCUGGGAACUGUGGGCACCCCCAGUGCCCUCCAUCAGAUGCUCAGGGCUCCUCUGGAUCCAGCCCCACGGUGCUGCUGGUCCCUGGGAACUGUGGGCACCCCCAGUGCCCUCCAUCAGAUGCUCAGGGCUCCUCUGGAUCCAGCCCCACAGUGCUGCUGGUCGCUGGGGAUCACAGGCACCCCCAGUGCCCUCCAUCAGAUGCUCAGGGCUCCCCUGGCUCCAGCCCCACAGUGCUGCUGGUCCCUGGGGCCCCCCAGUGCCCCCCAACAGAUGCUCAGGGCUCCCCCUGUGCCACCUUCAGGGCGCUGGAAGGUGGCUCUGGGUGCCAGGACGCUUCACCCUUGGGGGCACCACAGCCCCUGUGGCUCCACAGGCGCUUCUGCCGCCUCCUGGCACCGCAGGCCCCGGCCGUGCCCCCCAGCACCCAAGAGCACCUCGAGCGCGAGGAGCGGGACCGGGCACCCACUGAGCGCCACCGCCCUGGCCACGGACACACGGCACCGCUGCAGCCCCUCUCGGAUGAAGGCCUGCGCCGGCGGCUGCGGGCGCUGGGGGAUGAGCCAGGGCCCGUCACGGCGCUCACCAGGCAGCUCUACCUGCGGCGGCUGGAGGAGCUGCGGAGGACACCCCGGAACGGGCAAACGGGGCACAGCCCGGAGCUGGCGGCCGCCCUGCAGAGCGGCCUCAUCCCUGACUGCACCCAGGACGAGCUGGUGCUGAGGCAGGAGUUCGACAACCCCAAGCGGAACCGGCCCUGGCGGGAAGGGCUGGUCAAGUCCAGCUUCAACUACCUCCUCCUCGACCCCAGGAUCACCCAGAACCUGCCGCUCCGCUCGCACUGCCUGAGCCCGGCUGAGUGCUUCAGGACCUUCAUCCAGGCCAUCUUCUAUGUGGGCAAGGGGACACGCACGCGGCCCUACUGCCACCUCACCGAGGCGCUGGGCCAGCACCAUGCUGGCACACAGAAGGGCUGUCCCAAGGUGCGGCGCAUCCUGGAGAUCUGGGCGAGCGGACACGGGGUGCUCUCUGUGCACUGCUUCCAGAGCACGGUCCCAGCGGAGGCGUACACACGGGAAGGCUGCUUGGUGGAGGCUCUGGGUGGGGCUGCAGACCAUCACCAACCAGAGGAAGGGGCUGUGCUACGGCGCGGUGGCACACUGGCCGGUGGCACGGCGCCGGCGCCUUGGCGUUCACAUGCUGCACAGGGCCAUGAGCAUCUUCCUCGCUGAGGGCGAGCGGCAGCUCCGGCCAGUGGACAUCCAGGGUGGGCGCUGAACACCCUGGGAUGCUGUGCUGGGGGGGGGGUAACCUGUGCCUGCACCUCCCCUCUUGCCCUGCCUCAGGAGGUGGCUGUGCUCUGUGUACAGGUUUGAUGUCGUGAACACUGAGGAGAGUUUCUCUCUUUGUCUCCAAGGGGAUAAAUAAAUCACUGCAGGUCUUUUAUUUUGGCUAAGAAA